ACUCCUCAGGUUAUUUGUCUGCAGGAACAACAUGGAGUCUGCAGAAGAAGACGAAGACACCUGCAGGUCACCUCUGGCAGACGUCCCAACUAAUACUACAGAUACUACCAGUACUGCUAAAACUACGAAUACUAAUGCUACUAAUACUGCUAAUGCUACUAAUACUGCUAAUGCUACUAAUACUGCUGAUACUGCUGAUACUGCUGAUACCACUGCUCCUGCUGCCUGCAGUGCGUUCCCUCUCACCUCGGCUCCUCAGCAUCACUCAGACGAGGAGACAAAGGAAGAAGAAGUAGUAGAAGAAGAAAAAAAAAAGUUAGCUGGAGAUGAGGAGGCUUCUCUGGCCUUGUCAAGACCAAUGAAGAAGAAAGUCCUGGUGGCUCCAGCUCUCAGUCUGUCUUUAGGUCGAAGCGAGUCGAUGGUUUCAGAAGAUUUUCCCUCAGCCUUCCUCUCGCCCUCACCUGAAGACGAUGAUGACACGGGGUUGGACUUCGACCUUGACGGCAUGGAAACGCCGUCCGACAGCGAGUCUCUGCACUUCCCCGUCUACGAACUGGACCUGGAAGAUGACCUUCGGCGUCUCGGCGUGGCGUCCCGGCACCGCAGAACGUUCGGCUCCAGGUCCAGGUUUGACUCUGGGGCCGGUUCUGGACCAGGGGCGGAGCUGAGUGAGCCGGGAGCUCUGGAGCGGGAGGACGUGGUGGACGGUCAGGGCAUCAGGUGGCGCUGUUUCUCCACCGGGGAACCACCGCAGGAGAGCCGCGUCAACAUGAGCGUCCUGCAGCCGUUUCUCAGGGUGCUGUCGCACGGAGGUUACUAUGACGACGGUAUGAAUGACAUCAUCGUGUUUUCUUCCUGUUACCUGCCGCAGAACAGUCUGGAAAACUACCAGCAUGUGAUGGAUAACCUGUUCAGGUACGUGGUGGGAACUCUGGAUCUGAUGGUUGCAGAAAACUAUGUGAUCGUGUAUCUUUGUGCUGGAGGUCAGAAAGACAAACUACCAGGAAUCAGCUGGCUGAGAGAGUGCUACACCACCAUCGACAGGAGGUUGAGGAAGAACCUGAAGGGUUUGUACGUGGUUCAUCCCACCUGGUACAUAAAAGCCCUCGCCACCAUCAUCAAACCCUUCAUCAGCUCUAAGUUCAGCAGGAAGCUCCGGUUCGUCGACAGCCUGCAGGAUCUGUCUCACCUCCUGCCCACGGAGCACGUGCAGAUCCCAGACCUGGUCACUCAGUACGACCAGAAGAUGUCCAGGUGAAGCUGCAGGACGAACAGGAAACGUCUUCGCUCAAAGCCUCUUUGUGAGUGUUGGACGUGUCCACGGCUCGCUGCUCAGCGGCUCGCUGCUCAGCGGCUCGCUGCUCAAGUUAUAAGACCAGAAUAAUAAGUUUUCCUCCGAGGCAUUAAAUCCUGUUACAAAGUGUUUCUGAGUCCCGUCGCUCUGAUUCAUGUGUUCAUCAUCGUCCUUUAGAGUUAUUACUAAUCAUUAGAUCUACAAACCGUUCACGCUACAGAGGUGAAGAACAAACACACGCCUUCUGUCUUCAUCAAGAGUUAAACAUUUCAAACUUUUUAAUUUUUAAUUCCUGAAGCAGUUUAAACGUAGUUUAUUUCCCCUUAUAGCCGAACAAUAAGAGAAACGAUCUCUAACAUGUUUCUAUAAACAACCUUCAUGUGCAGCCACCAGCUAGCGCUAGCUUGGUUAGCAAUAGCUUGGUUAGCGCUAGCUUGGUUAGCGCUAGCUUGGUUAGCAAUAGCUUGAUUAGUGCUAGCUUGGUUAGCACGGUGCGUCCGUAGUUCACGUUAAUGGGAUUUUAAUUCAGAUGUUGUUACAGAAAAAACAGAGCAGUCGACUUACAAUGAAUUCAC